CACGCAAACGCAAGAGAACAAAGAAACAAAAGAAAGACGCGUGACGGAGAAGUUGAGGACAAUGGCGACUUCGGCGGCGGCGAGGGACCAGCACCUGGAUGAGCUCCGUGCGCUCAUGGCGGCGCACUCGCCGCCGAUCCAUGCUCUCAUCGUCCCCUCCGAGGACGCCCACCAGAGCGAGUACGUGUCGGAGCGGGACAAGCGGCGGCAGUUUAUUUCUGGGUUCACUGGGAGCGCUGGGUUGGCUCUUAUCACUACAAAGGAGGCAUUAUUGUGGACGGACGGACGCUACUUCUUGCAGGCCUCACAACAACUCAGCGAUAGCUGGAAACUCAUGCGCAUGGGAGAAGACCCACCAGUUGAAGUCUGGAUAGCUGAUAAUCUUUCGGAUGAAGCUGUCAUUGGAAUUGAUCCAUGGUGCAUCUCUGUUGACGCUGCUCAGAGAUACGAACAGUCAUUUUUAAAGAAGCAUCAAACAUUGUUUCAGCUUUCUUCUGACUUGGUUGAUGAAAUAUGGAAGGAUCGUCCUCCGAAUGAUGCUCUUCCUGUAGUUGUGCACCCUGUGGAAUUUGCUGGGCGUAGUGUAGCAGAAAAAAUAAAGGAAUUAAGAGAAAAGUUAGAACAUGAAAAGGCCAAUGGCAUUAUAAUCACUGCUCUUGAUGAGGUUGCUUGGUUGUACAAUGUUCGUGGAGCUGAUGUGCAUUUCAGCCCCGUGGUUCAUUCUUUUGCUAUUGUAACCCUGCACAAUGCUUUCUUCUAUGUGGAUAAAAGAAAAGUAACAGCUGAGGUUCAGAACUACAUGGCUGAAAAUGGUAUUGAUAUCAGAGAGUAUCAUACGGUUCAACCAGAUGUGAGCUUGCUGGCAUCUGGACACCUAAAAGGCUCUGCAGUUAAUGGUAGCUUGCAGGUUGAAAAUGAUAUCAACAAGGUGGAGCAUUCAAAAAUUUGGAUUGAUUCAAAUUCAUGUUGCCUUGCACUCUACUCAAAGCUCAGCACGAAUCAAGUUUUGAUGCUGCAAUCGCCUAUUGCUCUACCAAAGGCUGUCAAGAAUCCGAUGGAGCUGGAUGGUUUAAGGAAGGCACACAUUCGAGAUGGUGCGGCUGUUGUGCAAUACCUGGCUUGGCUGGAUAAUCAGAUGCAAGAGAACUAUGGGGCUCCUGGUUACUUCAGUGAGGCCAAUGGAUCACAGAGAAAGGAGCAUUUGGAAAUAAAACUUACUGAGGUUUCUGUGAGUGAUAAACUUGAAGGUUUUCGUGCAACGAAAGAGCUCUUUAAAGGUUUGAGUUUUCCGACGAUUUCAUCUGUGGGGCCAAAUGCAGCAAUCAUUCACUAUUCACCUGAAGCAAAUACAUGUGCUGAACUUGAUGCUGAUAAGAUAUAUCUGUGUGACUCAGGGGCACAGUAUCUGGAUGGUACUACAGACAUUACAAGAACUGUGCAUUUCGGUAGACCCUCAGAGCAUGAGAAGUCCUGCUACACAGCUGUUUUGAAAGGCCACAUCGCACUAGAUGCUGCUGUAUUUCCGAAUGGGACGACAGGGCAUGCUCUUGACAUUCUGGCACGAACUCCACUGUGGAAAAGUGGUCUUGACUAUCGUCAUGGUACAGGCCAUGGAAUCGGGUCUUAUUUGAAUGUUCAUGAAGGUCCUCAUCUAAUUAGCUUCAGACCUUCUGCUCGAAAUGUACCCUUGCAAGCAUCCAUGACUGUCACUGAUGAGCCUGGUUACUAUGAAGAUGGAAACUUCGGCAUAAGGUUGGAGAAUGUUCUUAUAGUCAAAGGGGCAGAUACUAAGUUUAAUUUUGGAGAGAAGGGUUAUUUGUCAUUUGAACAUAUAACAUGGGCUCCAUACCAGACGAAGCUGAUAAACACAACCUUGCUAACCCCUGAGGAGAUCGACUGGGUAAACAUGUACCACUCAGAUUGCCGGAAAAUCUUGGGGUCUUACCUUAAUGAGCAGGAGAAGGAAUGGCUGAGGAAGGCCACUGAGCCCAUCACUGUGAGCUCUUAAGCCAGCCACUUCUGUGUUACAAUUGUGUAGCAAUCGUAGAUAGAUGGGUGUCACACUAUUUAAUCAACUGCAAUUAGUGUGAAUAGCAGCAAUUGAACAACUACAUUUUAUUCUACGUUAUUUAAGCUGCCAAGUAGUAAAUGUGGAAAUAAAAAUGCGGAUGCCCAAUGCUUUGUCCCCAAGAAGUUGUGAAAAAAAUGAUCAACGGCGGCCACUGAGUGCCGGCAGGCGAUUCCAGGCCAGGGCCGGCUGGCUCGACAGGCAGGUCAGCACUAGCUAGAAAAACCUGUGGCGUGGUGAUUGAGGCACAACAAUAUGAAUUUGUCCUGGUGAUUGAGCAGGCACAACAAUAUGAAUUUGUCCAGGAGGUUCAUCGUU